AUGACAGAACAGAAGCCACCAAAUAGCAGUAGUAAUACAGUUGGAUGGUGGGAGUGGUUGGGAUGGAAAGGUGGAUCGCCGGAAGCGACGAAUCCAGCAGAACGAGUUAUUCUACACCCGAACGUGACUCCGCCCACUCCACCGUCUCCAGUCGCCUCCCCUCAACCCACAACUAGCUCAGUCGCCGCAAUAGUAGCUCCAAAAGUGAUAGAUCAUACAGAAGUGAUACCAAAGACAGGAUGGGAACGGGUUUGGGCAAUUUAUGAACGACAGAAUGCGAUGGAAAAGGAUGUCACAAUGAGGGUAGUUCGAAUGUCAUUUCUUGGUGGAUUCUUGGUGGGCGGAGCCACCGGAUACGCCCAAGCACGUCACGCCUACGAGACAAACAACGUCGGCAGAAAAUAUCUGAGUCCCAGCGAUGCGGUGAAACGAAAAAUCGAUUAUGCGAUUGUGAGAUUUGCGAAAGGCGGAUUUGGCACCGGAUUCAAGUGUGCACUGAUUUCGGGAUCUAUUGUAUUCCUGACGACCCAUGUGACGGCCUACCGUGACAAGUUCGCCUCUUGGUACUUCCCAGCGAUAUCAGCAAUAGUCGGAGGUGUUUUCACAUUUCCACUUGGCCUUAUCGGAUCAAUGAAGGCGGUCGGAUUAGGAGUGUCUUCUGGAUUAACACUAUCCGCUGUCGUUCAUCUCUACGCAAUGGCUAUCGAUAAACCGGUGAACGAUGCUUAUCGACUAUUCAAACGGGAUUAUGAAAAAGAGCUGAAGGCGUCAGCUGAAUGGGAUUCUCGGGUCACGGAACUGAUGGAGAGGGAACAAAUUGUGUGGAGGCAGCAGGCGGUGAAGAAAUUGAAACAGAUGGAUCAGGAGAAAAUGGCAGUUUUCGACGAUUAG